AUGAGCCAACCUCAAUACGUACAAGAGCGUCUAGAGUCGCUAGCAAAGAUCGAUGAACAGUUGGUAGACGUUUUACACAGGGCAUCGCUCACUGUCUCAACGCUGAUUGACCUCAAGAAAGGUCAAGAAGAGCUAAAACCACAAUUCGAACAGAACGCUCAGGAGUUCUACACAGACCUGGAGUCUGCUACUUGCCAGCUACGCCGUGAGAUCAAACUGCUCGAUGAGAAUGUCGGAACAAGGCUUCUCCCGAUCCAAACGCACAAGAGAGCCACUGGCCAAGACAAUGUAAAGCUUCAAGAGCAAUUCAAGCUGUUGGAGCAGCUCUUAACGGAGCCCAAGGAUGUUGUGUAG